GCACAUGUUAGAAGCUGGGACAGUCAGCUGAUCCUGGAGGUUAUUUUGCAUUAGUACAGACACACAAUGCUGUCUCUCCGGGCUGCUCUGCAGAGAGGUGUAAACUGGAGCUGCUGUAGGGGAUUCUCUGUGUCUCAUCAAGCUUAUUACCCUGGGAAGAAGGGCCUUGUCUUGGGAGUAUACGAAAAUGAGAAGGAAGAGGAGAACUUCAAAUUUACAAAUGCAGGUGAUACGUUUGAUAAGGUGGUUUCUGGAAAGCUGCGGGAUCAGUUAAUGAGAUCUGGUCCUUCACUCAAAAAAGGCAAAACACGAAUGUUCUACGGCUUACAUGAGGACUUCCCUAGUGUUGUCGUGGUGGGACUUGGUAAAAAGUCAGCUAGCAUCGAUCAUCUGGAAAACUGGAAUGAGAGCAAGGAAAAUAUCAGGACUGCUGUGUCAGUGGGUUGCAGACAGAUGCAAGAUCUAGAGGUUGUGCAAGUGGAAGUGGACUCUUGUGGUGAUGCACAUGCUGCAGCAGAGGGUGCAGUUUUAGGGCUGUUUGAAUAUGAUGAACUCAAGAAGAAAAAGAAAAAAGUGGUUGCCACACAGCUAUAUGAAAGCCAAGACCAAGCAUCCUGGCAAAAGGGUGUCCUGUACGCAGAAGGCCAGAACCUGGCUCGUUACUUGAUGGAAGCCCCAGCAAACUACAUGACGCCCACAAAGUUUGCAGAGAUUCUAGAACAGAAGUUGGGAGCAUUCAAAGACAAUGUCAGGGUUUUCACCAGGACAAAGCCCUGGAUAGAGGAACAACAGAUGGGAGCAUUUCUAAGUGUAGCUAAAGGAUCUGACGAGCCACCAGUAUUCUUGGAAAUACAUUAUCAAGGCAGCACGGACUCCAGCCAGUCCCCUCUCGUGUUUGUUGGGAAAGGCGUUACAUUUGACAGUGGUGGAAUUUCACUGAAGCCUUCAUCGGGGAUGGAUGCCAUGAGAGCAGACAUGGGUGGAGCUGCCACUGUGUGUUCCGCCAUCCUGACAGCUGCUACUUUAAAAUUGCCCUUAAACAUUAUUGGCUUGGCUGCACUGUGUGAAAAUAUGCCAAAUGGAAGAGCAAACAAACCCGGGGAUGUUGUGAAAGCUAAGAAUGGGAAAACAAUUCAGGUGGAUAAUACUGAUGCAGAGGGGAGGUUACUCUUGGCUGAUGCACUAUGCUACGCACACAACUUCAAUCCAAGAGCUAUAGUAAACGCUGCAACUCUAACAGGUGCAAUGGAUGUAGCAUUGGGGUCUGCAGCUACUGGAGUUUUUACUAAUUCCUCUUGGCUUUGGACACAUCUUCAAGAGGCCAGCAUUGUGACUGGAGAUCGUGUAUGGCGGAUGCCUCUAUUUGACCAUUAUAGUAAACAAGUUACUGAAUCCACACUUGCAGAUCUUAACAAUGUUGGGAAGUAUAGCAGGUCUGCUGGUGCCUGCACAGCUGCUGCCUUCCUGAAAGAAUUUGUUACAGUACCUCACUGGGCUCAUCUGGACAUAGCUGGAGUGAUGUCAAAUAAGGACGAAGUUCCUUACCUGCGCAAGGGCAUGGCUGGACGCCCCACAAGGACAUUAAUAGAGUUUGCUUCUCGUUUAAGCAAUGACAAGAAUACAACCUAAGGGACUAAAUAAGUGCU